CAUCGUCAUUGUCAUCAUCCGCGCGACGCUGCGCCGACGGUCGGCUGCCAUGGGGCCCGUCGACGGGAUUAUUUGACCCACGGGAACGACUCCAGGCUCGUCGUUGGGAUCGUGAGCAGCACUCGCGUGAGCGCUACGAAUCGGUAUGCACUGCCUAGGUGCGGUGACGGGAGGAGGCACCUCCAGCCCGAACGGGGCUGGCGGUCGGGGUGGUGUUCUUAGUGUGCUUCGAGCCCUUGGAGUCCUUGUGUGCGAAGGCAGAAUCCAGGGCCCUCCGCGUGGCUACAAAGAGGGUCCACACUGCGCACCGCCUAUGCAGGCGGUUCCGAACGACCACGUGUGCGAGGAGAACAACUAUCUGUGCAAUCGAUAUCGAGUACUAAUUCAGGAAAUCACGGAACGCUUCGCUAUUGGAUCGUACCUAUGCGUGGAGGUGCUUUUGUGCAACGAUUGUCCGUGUGGUUUGACAAAGUCUACCUGCAAAUAUCCCGUAUACCCCGUGCCGUCCUUAUCCAUUUCACCAUGGCAGAAAUGUGCUUCGGAAAUAUUAUUGGAAUACUGGUGUAUCUGCGUUGUCCCGAGCAAGAGUCAAGAACCAAUGAAUUUUCAAGGAUUAUAUCAAGCAGUACGUUCGCGGUUACACUUCAGCCAGGUUGCAGCGUGGUGGUCACGCAGCAACGGCACGGAGCCGAGCUACAUAGCCACCCGGAUAGUAUCGCACAACGAGGAUAAUCUCAGCAAGUUCCGGGAGACGUCGGUGGAGCAUACCUUCCCUCUAGCUGGUAACGGCGACGGAAAUUCCAUCAAGGUGACCAUGUGGGCACUGCCGCGAAUGGAGGAAGUACCUAUACUUACGUGUUCGUUGCAUCCGAAAAAAGAAAAAGACGAAGAGGAUCUCGCGAGAGCAUUAACGCCCACCAAAAGCAUCCCGGUGGGAUCUUGCAGCGCGCAAAAUCCGGAAAGUCUCGUAUUACCUGUUCUCGUGGACGAUAGACUGCAAACCACUUGUAACAAAUCUGGUAAGCAUGACUGUCGUUGUGAGGAGGAGGACGCAUCCCCACUGUCGCCUACCAUCAGAUCUAAUGGCGACCGGAAACGUCGACGAUCGCUUCCCUGUGGUCCAGCGGAGAAUCCUUGCGUGACUUCGCAACCGGCACCGUUGCCGUCUGUUCAAGAACACGAUUUACAAGAGAUAAGGGACAACACCAAUUCGAUGAAAAGCUCUGCCGAGAUGGUAAACAACCGUAGUGUCAUAAAAACUCUUCAAAACAAAUUAGAAAACAAGAACGAAGUGAGCACUCAUAACAAUCGGAACUCGGAUCUCGAACGCUACUUCAAGAUACAGCUUAAGAUUGAGGAACUUGAGGAUAACAUGGAGAAACGUUGCAAGCAUACGACAGCAGAAGUCACCAAAGAGAUGAGUAACCCGAAAAACAUUGUUCAGGAAGGAAGCUACGAUAAUUACGUUAAGAAUUCGAGUAAUCUUGAAAGAGAACCUGGUAGCUCCUCGGAUAUCAUAUCCACAACAAAAAGCGGUGGAAUAUUGCACAAUCUCAGUCCUUUCGCUCCCACAAGUUGGUCCUUUGUCUCUUCUUGGCAGAAUAGUAAUAUGAAUAGUAAAUUUCAAAGCUUCCGUGGUGUAAAAGAGACUCGUUUUAACGAUUCCGACAAAAAUUACAAGCCACCGGUUGUUACAUCCAAUCACGCUUCAAUCAAUCCCUAUGCUCAGCCCAAUCCCUUCCAUGAGUCAAAUCCUGGCCCCUCGACGCAAAAAUGGAAAACGUUGGACAAUUCCGCUUGCAUUGUACAUCAGAGUUAUUCUAAAAAUGACCAUAAGAUUGUCACAGAAACGCAAGUAUCGGCCGGUCAAGACGCAUUGGAGAUUAACAAGGAAGAUAGCAUCAUCAAGAGUAGCUUGAAAAAACCUGGAAAACCGGAUUUAAAUCAAUUAAUGUGGAAACUGUCGGUUCCGGAUGAGAAAGAAAAGAGGGAAGAAGGAGGAUUACUAGAUUGGUUCAGCAAAGUACCUGGAAGAGUCCUGAGUGUUGCGACAACAAAGAGCUACGUUGAUUGCAACAAGAUGAAAAAUGAAAGCUUGAAACAGCCGGAGCAUCCGACCGGGCAUCCGGUUGCGCAACAGGGUACCAAUGAUCAAAUCAAAUUCAAGAACUGCAAUCUCGAAUUGAGCCAGCGGGAGGUCAACGAAGUGUUAGCAGUAUUGCGAGCGAGGACACCGUCAGGACGUAGAAGGGCCACCGUUAAGAAUGCGAAGAAACGCGGAGAACGAUCCGAAAGAGGAAAUGACGAUACGACGGAAAGAAUUACAACAAAAUACACGAGUUGGGAGGAUGGAAGUAUAAUUCGGAGUAAUUCGAUAAAUAAUCACGUUGGAACAGUUCGUACAUUUAAAUCUUGUGAGGAUUGUAGCCGUGGAUCAUGUAAAAAAAUAGAGCAUCAAGUACCAGAAGAACAAUCAAGCCCUCUAGACCGAGUCUAUUACGAUAAGAAUGUUUAUCGGCCAGCACGUUCGAAACUUGCCGAAAGCACCUACAAAUUAAAUGAAGAUGUGAAAGUACACACGAGCGAGGAUACGGAUCGUUUACGGAAUGUUUCCACUAAGGCUGACGUGCUUCUCGGAGCCAUUCUGCGGACCAGCAAAGAUCGAAAGGACAUGUCGAAUAUCUCAUCAAACGGUACCAAAUCGAGGUCGGCGAUUAACAUCGACGAUAACAGUAGCGACGACGAUUCUCACAUUGAAAAACUUGAGCAGGAUCAUAGAACCACCUCGUCGAACGAUGAGAAAUCCAUGCCACUGAAUAAGAGAUUUCAUCAGUUCCGACAAAUGUUCAAGAAAGAGAUGGAUAAGAGAAUCGCUUUGAUAACGGAGGAGAGUUUCUCCUCGCCGGAGUCCUCGCCGAGUCUGACGUUGCCGCAACACUCCAAUACAGCGUCAUUUCGCUAUAACAACGAACAACCGAAUUUGCAUAGCGCAAAAUACAGCAAGACAAAACGGCGAAUUGACUUUGCGAACUUCCCGAAGGCCACUGAGCAGAAAGAGGAUGCUGCGACAUUCAGUACAAAAGACGCACAUCAAAAGCCACGCAAUAUACAUAGUACAAAUAAUAAUGAUCGCGCAUGCGAUUCCGAGGGCCUAAACAAUCAGCAGAUUUGCGAUAGGCGGCUACUCGAAGAUACGAAGAAAUUUUUUGAGGAUAAAGAGCAGAACGAGAAUGUAAAGGACAUCACAAUUCUUCAGAAGAGCAAUUUGACUACUCCAACUAUUCCGCAGAGCGGACAUUCGUCUUCCAAGCUACGAAGCAACAAUUACAAGGAUAGCAUCGCAGAAUCAGGAGACGAUGAAACCGUUGACAAGAGUGUGCCGUCCGCGCUCGAACAGGAGAGAUUCCGCAGAUCCUUGGAGAAUGCAGCAUCCAUGGUAUUCCAUAGUAGGACUGGUUUGCCGUUGACCUCUAGUCCAGCGCCGUUGAGGAGAGGCAGCUGUUGCUUUGACUACGACAGCAGUUUGAAUUCCGUUUCCUCAAAAAGAAGCGCGUUGUUCGAAUUAAAUACACCGCCGAGUCCGGGCGCAGUCUCAUUGGAAGAAACCGAUCGUGAUGCGGAAAUCACUGGUGAAGGCGAGGAAACACCCAAAAGGCGCUCCAGUUCCCGUCAUCGACCACAAAGUCACGCUCUCCUAGGCAGCUUCGAAGAAUCAGCGUUGAACGGUAGACUCGAACCGGUGUCCACGGUUCACGGUUUCACAGCGGAACUCGGAGCCAGUGGUUCCUUCUGCCCGAAACACCAGAAACUUCCAGUCACUGUGUUCUUUUACACACUCGGUGACAACGAUAAAGUCUCCACACCAUACCUUGCUCACAUUAAUCUUGAGAAAAAGGGCUAUCAGGUACCAAGAAGUGGCACCAUUCAAGUGACUCUUCUGAAUCCAUUGGGUACAGUCGUUAAGAUGUUCGUAGUAUUGUACGAUCUUUCCGAUAUGCCGCCGCGAUCUCAUACUUUUUUACGUCAAAGAACACUGCGGGACAAAACACUACGCUACCUCGUUCACCUUAGAUUUAUGUCCAGCAAAUCAGGUCGAAUUUACCUGCAUACGGAUAUCCGUAUGAUUAUCUGUCGAAAGUCAGACGUGGACACAGCGUCGGACUUGGGCUCGGAACCGCCGAAAGAACUCAGAAGUUACAUCCACGGUCCUACAAAUCCGAAAUUUUCACCAAGGUGCUGAGCCACGUGGUACUUUCCGUGGGGCUGCUGCCAAUCGUUCCGCCCGCCCAGUCCCCUUCAAGUCGAACUGUGAUCGACAAACGAUCGAAUAAGAUCAAAUUAGAAAUCAAUUUUUGUUCUUGUAAUCCUUUGCGGUUGACCAUGUAGCAAUUACAAUUUUUUGUGCAAAUGUAAAAAAACAAUCUCGAUGUUCUUAUUAUUUAUUAUAACUACUCGUUGACACAAUAGUAGAAACAAGUUAUUAUAUUAAUUUUAAUUAAUAUUAACGUCAAGAUAAACGCUUCAGAUAACUCUGAAGAAUUAUUACAAGAUAUUAUUUAUUUCUAAAUUAUUUUAGAAAUUGAUCGCAAAGGGUUAUAAGAGGUAUUUCAGAAUCGAAAAAACUUGAAGAUAUAAUGAAAGGAAUUUGAAAGAUUGCGUAUGGAUUUAACUGCUCAUGUUGGAAUAAUGAUUUAGAUUAUUUACAAUAUAUAUCAUUUUUCUUUCUUUUCUUUUUUGUAAAAAUUAUAUUUUGGGCCUUUUACGCGGCACAAAAUUAAAUUAAAAUUAAUUCUUCAAUAUUGACGAUUCCAACACGAAUAGUUUGUAAAAUUGACUCGAAAUUGCGAUUAUACUCUCGGUUUUAUUUUGAUCCGUGAUUCGUGCUUGCGGUAUAGGAGAAAAUACAAUAGGAUAAGUUUGCGCAGUUUUUCGUCUUAAAUUUAUUUUUAUAUUAUAAUAAUAGCGAUAUAUAUCGCUAUUAUUAUAAUCAUACAUAUAUUUAUAUAAUUCGAUUAAAUUAUACCGAUAGUCUUUCUAUUUUCGAUCUAGUGUGUAAUAAUCAUGAAAAUGGAAAAUCAACUUGAAACUCGAAUUAGAAAUUUAUUUUAAAAUUUCUUUAUGUAUCUAUUGUAAUUAUUGCUAUAAUGCAUACAUCGGUAAUUUCGUUUACGGAGUUUCGCAAGCUGGACGAUCUCGUUGAGAGGCCAUUUUUCUCAACUUAUUGCUGUAAAUAUAGUCACGCGUAGAGAGUAAGUUGAGUAAGAAUUUUUAAGCAGGAUGAUAUAUAUGUAUAUAUAUACUGCCAUUGUGUGUGUAGCACUCUACGUUUAAACGAAAAAAAAAGUGAUAUGAGGAAAAACUUUGACGAAUUCGGUCUCGCGUUCCAAUGGAGUUAUAAAAUCGAGAAAGAUCAAAAACACGUUGUGAUCGAACGGUUCGUGCAAUGAAAAGUACAAAGUUUAUUCGUGCGUUAUCUUGUGUGUUUUUACAGCGAAUCAUUGUAAUUUUUGAUGAGGAGAAAAAAUCCGAGAAAAAGAAAUCAAAAGUUCUUUUCCCGGAAAACGAAAUGUGAUUUUUGUGAUUUGCAUGAUUGUGAUUUGUUUCUUUUUCCUCUUUGCGAUUCAACGAGCGCAAGAAUGAACGCAAGCGACCGAAACUCAUGAGUUUUUCCCGAGAGUAAAAAAAUGAUUAUUUACACAUAUAUAUGUAUAUAUACAUAAACCAGAACACAAUCUUUGUGUCCGUAGCACUGUGAUGAAUAUUUUGAUAGACUAUAAAAAAAAGAGUAAAUAUUAUUACAGAAUAUUUCUGAGUAGCAGACACGUCAUAGAUCUAAUCGAUUCUACUAAUACGUCGUGCGAGGAAAUAUAAUCGUGCGUAACCUACUAACUAGACGCAAGGUUGAUAAUACCCAUUUUAAAGCAAACGUGACAACUCGCGUUUUCCUUUAUUUUUCUAAAGAUACGCCACGUAAAUCGUCGCGGAAGAAUCACGCGAAUGAUCGGAAAAGCCUUAUCUUUGAUCUUUAAUCCGCGAGUAUUUUAUUUAUAGUUUACAAAUGUAGACGCGCGACGCGUCAAUUUCUUUUCUUCACGAAACAGUUGAGUUUAAUGUAACUUUUUAUGAAGAAAAAACGCAAUAUUUUUGUAAUUAUAUUCGUUUGUAAUUUUUAAUCUUAUGUCCAUACAUCACGUUGAAUGUAGAAUAAGAAAAAGGAAACUUUUUAUAAGCUUACACGACAUAAAUUUUUAUGUGAAAUAAGAUAUAUUAUUAAUAUAUUAUUUUUUAAUAAUAAUAUACAAAUAAUAUAUUAUUAAUAUAUCUUUUAAUUAUACAUUAACAUUAUUAAGAAUAAAUAUUGUAAUUUUUUGCGGUUUGCAUAAAAAUUACAAUAUUUAAAAUCUUUAUAGAGUUAUGCUUUUGUGCUUUAUACGCGCGAAAGAUGAAAAUUCAAUGUCAUGAGUUUGCUACAUUGAUCGAUGAAUAUUUUAGUUAAUUUUAAAAUCGAAUUUCACAUGAUUAAAGUAUCGAGAGUAUCGAGAGAUCAAGGCUUCGUUAUCGUUCGCGUCUUUCUUCUUGUGAAUUAGAGGAAGGUAGCUUUCACUCCUAAAAAAAAAGAUUAACUUUAGGAGAUACCGCGGUAUAUAAAACAAGUAUGUGUAAAGAGAGAGAUUAUUUUUAAUCGUUAUUUUUUAGCGGAGAGCAAUUGGAUAAUCAUAUGUACGCAUAUAGCAAUCAAAAGCAUAAUAACUACACAUUUAAUUUCAGUCAGAAAGGAAAAAGAUUUCGAUAUUCCCUUCUUAUCUGAUUUUAUGAUAUUUGUUUUAAUUUUCUUUAGAGAAAUACUCUUAAAUUACAAACGAUUUCAGUAAAAUUUGUUCACAAUUAUUUUUUUCAGAAUAUGCCGAAAUCUCUCAAAGAUAUUUGAAAUCUUUUAUUAUAGCAUUAAAAAAAUUUUAUAUAUUUUUUGAAGAAUUUUUGUACAAUUGAAAUAUUUUUUCUUUUUUUCAUAACAAACGUUGCGAUAUAUCACUUUAUUUAUAAAAUCAGUAAUAGAGGAAGGAAAUAAAUCUUGGAUUAAUUUUCCAAUUAUUUUUGAUUACAAUGAAUCGCGAAUUCGCAGCAACAGGAUCAUUUCCCGCACAUUAUCUUGAUGCCGAAACGUCGUAUAUGUCGACGUGACGGUGAAGAUUAAACUCUUGCACUUAUCUGCAAUUCGUCAGGUCGAUUAGCUAGAUACGCGUCUUUUGAAGAGACACAGAGACGAAGUUCCGAAAGACAUUGUACAGAUUGACGAGGCGAAAGCGAUCGCGCGCCUCUCUUGUUUAAUGAGAACGACUGUAAACGUUGUUAAAUACAUUUUGUCGAUGUUUUCUUUUUUGAGAAAUAAAGUAGAGUGUCGAGAUGAUAAUUAUGAUAAA